UCGGUGCGAUAAUAAUUAUUAAUUUUACGUCCGCGAUCAGCACUCCACAAUGUUAUUAUUGUAGUACAAAAUAUUAUGUACAAUACAAACCAAAAAUAGUAAAAGUACUGAAGACGUCGUGGUGUUCGGCGAAUGGAAAUUAAUGUAUAAUAUAAUAUCAUUAAUGUUAUAUUAGUCGAAGAUCGGAACGAUAGAAAGUCGUAUCAUCAUCGUGUAACCGCGUAUACAUAUUCUGAGUACGAGACGAUGUCCUGUUCCUGUACCAGUCGUCUUUGACACCACCUCCAACAGUAACACUGUAACAGUAACACUAAUAAUAAUAAAAGUUUUCCCGGCCUUGCGCUUCCUCAUUAAAAAUACGUUCGGGUCUUUCGGUCGAACUUCCGUCGUCGAGCAUAUGGUUUCGCGGGCAGAUUGCGCCUUACCAUCCGACAAAUCUUUCUUCUCGCAGAAGAUCGUCGCUGUUACCACGAUGAACAGGAGAAAACUGAAAUUGGACAUGACGCACUCAGCUUCGGAUGGCGAAUCUAAAGAAGUUGAAAAUUAUGUUAAUAAUGUCAAAGAACAAAUUAUGAAUGCAACUGAACUUAAUUCUGACUAUGUAUGGCAGGAGUGUUAUGAUGAUGUAUCAGGAUUUAUUUACUAUUGGAAUACCCAAACAAAUAAAGUCACAUGGGAAAAACCUGAACAUUAUGAAGCAGCACAUAGUAUUGAUAAUCAAGAUGUUGUAAACAAGACAAAAAACUCCAGAAAACGACUUUCAAGUGAUUCUUUACCUACUCUUGAUCCAAAUUCAUGUAAUGGUUCUAAAAAAUCAAAACUAGAAUCAAAAGUUUUAAGUGCACUAGUUGCUUAUGGAAGUGAUUCUAGCGAGGACGAGAAUGAAGAUGAUAAGGAUCAAAAAACUACUAUACUUCAAAGGUUGCAACAAAAGGCUGAAAUGUUCAAACAGAAGGAAUUGGCUAAAUUAUCUAAAGCUAAAUCACCUGAUUUGUGUGAAACAAAUGGUCAGCCUGAUAUAUUAGACAUUAUUGAUAAAGAAGUACCUCCAGAUUAUUUAGUAGAAAAAUCUAAUAAAUCAAAAUCUUCUGAAAAGAAGACUACUGGUGACAUUUUUGAUAUUUUAAAAAGUGAAGUACCCCCCGAUUAUGUUGAUGUCACAUUAAACAAUAAUACUGGAGAAGAAAAUAAAUUAGUUCCGUUGGAUAUUAAUGCAAUAAGUAAACUGCAUUCAAAAACUGUUGAAAAUGAUUCAAAUUCUAAAUACCAUUCAAAUACUGACGAAAAAUUAAACAAUUUUACUUCAGAUUCUUUGAAAGAAAAUUCAUUGAAAUCUAUUAAUUUAAUUGCUAAUUAUGGUGAAGAAGAUCUUGAAGAUUUAGAUGAUCAAAAAAGUGAAUCGAAUGAGAAAACACUUUCAUAUGUCCAAGACCCAUGUGCUAAUAUUAAAAUUGGAUUUGGUUAUUCUGUCUCAUCCAAACACAAAAACGGAGGUUCUAUCAACUUUGUAAAAGGGGAAACAAUAAAUGUACACGAUAAUCAUAAUUCCAAUAAAAAUAAUGUUUUUUCAAAACAUGAAAAAGAAACUAUUAAAAACUGUGAUAUGAAAAAAUCUAAAAUCCAUAUUGAAGAUUUGUCACUUCUGAUCUCAUCAAAAUUACAUUUUCUAUCAGAUUGUGAAAAUAAUGAAAAAUUGUCUACGGUUCAAGUUAUGACUAUUAAAAUUGAUACUUUAAUGGAAGCGUGGAAAGAUAAUUGUUUGAAUGACGAAUAUUUCUCAAAGUGGUUGGAUGAAAUGGCUAUCGAGUUAUGUACUUUAGAAGAGUCAGUUGCACCAGAUGGAUGGACAUGUCAAUGGGACAAAAUUAACACGCGGUAUUACUAUCAGAAUGAUGUUGAUGGCCGUACACAAUGGCAAUACCCAACCGAGGAAUCUGAACGUACUCCUUCGCCACCCAUGAUAUCUAAUGCAAGCACUCCCCCUCCUCCAAAUAUUUCCGAUCAUAAUUCUUGCCACCCUGAACCAGUGGACAUGGAUAUCGAUGAAGAUAACCAUAAAGAAGACACAGAAAUUAUUGUUCCACCAGUCCCUGGAGAUGAACUGUCGUAUGAAUUAAAUUCAUUUUAUGCUGAUCUUGCUCAGUUUGAAUCGAAACCAGCUGGUCAAAUUGAAACAAUGAUUGCAGUUCCAUCUCCCGAAAUAGUUGAAACUGCGCCAAAAUUAAAAACCCCUAUUGAUACAUUAAAAAACACUCAAGAAGAAGAAAAAGAAAUUAUCAAACCAAAAAAGAAGAAAAAGGUAGGAAAAUUGGAUGUAGGUCUAGGAUUGAAACAAAAAUAUGUAUCGUCACUGGUACAGAAGUGGCAACAAAUUCAAAAUGAAAUCAAAUGACGGCUGUUUCAUCACUCACCCAUUUUUUGUAUUAGAUUAAUUUCUAAAUCCUUAGUCUUACCAAUUAAAAUAUUAACAAUAUGUUUGUAAAUUAUGUAAUUACUUUUAGAAAUAUAUUAUUAUAUACAUAUAUUUUAAAUUAGUUAAAUUUUAAAUAUCUAUUGAAUCAUUAUAAUGUGAGGAUUACUAUUGAGAGGAUGUCAGCGCACACAUUUUUUUACAUUAAAACUAGUAUCAAAGAAUCACUUUAAUUAAAAAUGAAUUUGAUUGAGCACAAGCUUACUUUCAUUUUAAGACAAAAACCUAAUCUAAGGCUUAACAUAUUGGUAGUUCCUCAACAGAAAGAUCUAAACUGCACUUAGAAUCAAAGAGACUUACCUUAUACUAUUGGAUGGAGAAAAAUGUGUUUCUCCUAAGUGUGUGUGGAAAAACAGCUGUGACCAUUAUAUAAACAACAAUUUUGUGUGCCCUGAAAAGGAAUAUUUCUACUUAAAAAAUUGAUAUGUCAAGCCCUAAAUAAUAUUGUUGUCUACAAUAUUUUUAUAAUAGGAGUUUUUGCUCUAAAAUCAUUCUUAAAUAAUAUUUGACCGUUCUGAAUGACUGUAUUUUUAUCAAUUUUUGGUAUGAUUUCAUAAUCAGGCAACAAUCAAUACUAUGCAGAUAUAGGACCUCUUCUAAAUUACUUUAAAAUAUAAUUUACAUGCAUUUCAAUUUUUAUACAAAUUUGUUAAAUUGUUUACAUCAAACCACAUGAAUAAUGAUUGCACCUGACAUCCUUUCAAUGCAAAUUAGUAAGAAAUUAUUGAACAACGUUUGAUAAGCCGUUUAAAUAGGCCACAUAAGAAUUACUUUAUAAUAUGUGUUGUUCAGUGGUAAUAUAAAGUAUAUAACUCAAAUUUGUAUGCAUACAAUCAAUCUCCAUGCUUUGGUUUUUUAAAUUUUUAAAUUUAAAUGCAGACUUAUUCUAAAUUAUGAAAUUAAUAACUAUUGGAGAAUUUAAUAAUUUUAGUUUUAUCCUUGUAUAUCGGUUGUUAUAUUUUUUUAAUUUAGCAUAAAAUAAUUUAAUAAUUA